AUGAGAACACCUGUCGUAACCCCCAACAGAUUUUGCCCACUGAUUGAGUGGGACCACAACGCCCCGCCUCCAGCUGAUGGUGAUCUCAUGAGAGAGGACUCCCCCUAUUUUGAGUUUCUCAACGCAGCAACUACUAUGUGCCGGAUACAUCGAUGCUGGGGAAGGAAAAAGGAAAUAUUUGGACAGCGGCGCCAUCGGACCUCAAGCCGCAUUUGUUGCUUUACCGAGGCAAGCCCAGUGAAUUUUAUACUGGUAUCCUUGCAAGCUCACUCAAGUCCCGGCGCCUAUGCUAGGAGACUCUUGUGGACUUUGCGGACUGAACUUUCAUAUAUGGCCUUCUCGCAAUCGAACAACAACGGGACAGAAACAAAUUAA